AUGUCUUCCCUCACCGGACCUGCCCUUGAUUGGGCCAUCACUGCGGCGGCAGGAUCAGGCUUCUUGCUUUUUGGAUACGACCAGGGCGUAAUGUCAGGGCUUCUUACCGGCUUAGCGUUCACCAAGCAGUUUCCGGAGAUUGAUACUACAAAUGGCGCCAAUGGCAGUGCUUCGCUUCAGGGCACUGUGGUAGCUAUCUACGAAAUUGGAUGUUUUUUCGGCGCGAUCACAACGUUUCUAUUUGGUGAAAGACUGGGAAGAAGAUGGUCUAUAAUCUAUGGUUGCAUUAUACUCUCUAUCGGCGCUGUUCUUCAAACAACCGCUUAUGGAAUACCGCAACUCAUCGCGGGCCGAAUCGUGGCUGGGAUAGGAAAUGGCAUGAACACCGCCACUAUUCCGGUGUGGCAUUCAGAACUAAUGAAACCUACGGAUCGAGGUAGAGGUCUCUCAGUUGAACUCGCCAUAACAAUCCUCGGAGUUACUAUAUCUUACUGGACAGACUAUGGUAUGAGUUUCGUCAGUAGCGAGGCGCAGUUCCGCUUUCCCAUUGGAUUUCAAAUUUUCUUCGCUAUACUCACAAUGAUCAUGGUCUUCUUUCUCCCCGAAUCGCCUAGAUGGCUUCUUGCUCACGACCGGGCUGACGAGGCACGAACGAUCCUAUGGAGAUUGCAGAAGAAAGCAAAGUCGAUCUCGCCCGAGAAUGCCGUUAUUGCUGCAGAAUUACGAGAGAUUCAGCAGGCUCUGGAAGAAGAAAGAGCUGCGGCUGGAGGUACGACCAUUUUGGCACUUUUCAAGUCUAGUCCACAACGGUUCCGUCGUCGAACCUUGCUCGGCAUUGGUGGUCAAUUUAUGCAGCAGCUCAGCGGCAUAAACUUGAUCACAUAUUACGCACCUGUUAUAUUCGAAGUUUCAGUUGGUAUUCCACACAGCACAGCUAUGUUGCUCGCUGGAUUCAACGGAAUAGCCUAUCUACUGUCUUCCUUGGUGCCUAUCUGGUGCCUUGAUAGACUUGGCCGUCGUAAGUUGAUGAUCUUUGCCUGUGCCGGUCAAGCUGCUUGCAUGGCAACCCUCGCAGGCACUGUCUCGAAUGGAAGUAAAUCGGCAGGGCUCGCAGCUAUUGUGAUGCUAUUUCUUUUUAACUUUUUCUUCGCUGUGGGCCUUUUGGCGAUCCCAUGGCUACUACCUGCCGAAUAUGCUCCGCUGGCAAUCCGAACUAAAUCUGCAGCAUUGGCCACAGCGUCAAACUGGAUCUUCACCUUCUUGGUAGUGGAAAUUACACCAGUUUCGAUCAAGAGCAUUACCUGGCGCACUUACAUAUAUUUUGCAGUCUUCAACGCUGCCUUCAUCCCCCUAAUUUGGUUUUUUUACCCCGAGACACGUAACCUAUCUUUGGAACAAGUCGAUCGGUUAUUCACAGGCGAUAAAGUCUUACUACAUUGGAAGCCGAGUAUGGGAGAAAGACAAGGGUCCUUCGCUGCUGAGGCUAUUAGUGAAGAAUCGAUCGUCCAAGACGUGGAAAAGCGAAUCAACAUCCAACAUCAUGAAUCCUAG